AUGUUGCAUAAUGAUAAUACAAUUUUACAUCAAGAAGUUCAACAAUUAGUGCUACAAUUAAAUCAACAACAAAUUGACUCUGAUCGGCAACCUCGAGAAACAUUAUCAAAUUUAUUAGAGUCAAAUAGAAUGUUAACAGUUGAACUUGAUCGAGUUAAAAAAGAAAUUUUUCAUUCAACUGGAGAAAACAAUCGUGCUACACAAGAAAUACGUGUUUAA